AAGCUUCGAUGGCAGAAGCUUUCGAAGCUUCGGCGGAUUGUGCUCAGCUCCGGGAGUACAAUCCCUUUCUCUUCCAUGUCUCCUUCUCCGGACUGCUCUGGUGGAGAAAGGGAUUGCACUCCAGGAGCUGAGCUGCCGAGCUCCCCCCGUCGGAGCUGCUCGUCCGCUGGUCCACAAAAUCUUAGCUAUGCUCAGCUUGGAGGGGGGUGGGGAAUAGGGAUGGCGAGAAUGUAAAAUAUUCUUGACCGGCCACCGAGCCUCAUUAACCGGUAACCGGUUAACCGAUCAGAUUAAAAUGUGCAAUUUGAAAUAACAGCCUUUUCGAGCCGCGCCAGCCUCCUGCUAUUUCGUGACUCUGCUUUUCUCGCUCCCGUUUGGCCUCCGACUCACACACACACACCCCCUCCGAGUGAGAGGCAGUGGCUCUAACCGCGGCACGACCUGUGUUUGAAUUGAAACACGAGGCAUGCUUACUGCAAGUUGACCGUGUGUACUGUAGAGAGCGGGCUCGAACGCCCACAAUGGUCUGAGAUAGGGCUGGGCGAUAUGACGAUAUCAUACCGUGGACGAUAUGAAAGUGUGUACCGGGAGAGAUUUGGCCAUAUCGUUUAUACCGAGAGAGAGAAAAAAAAAAAAUUGCACUGCACUGACUGAAGCAAGGCAGGUGGGAGACUCACCUGUUAACUUGAAAGAAAAUCUCAUUUGUAUUGAAGAAACAGUUCUAUUUUUACCACCAGCUAUUUGCACAGCACAUAACUUUAUUUUAUAAGUGUAUAAUUAGUAUUUAAAAUAUUUGUGUGAUGCUGUGAUUUUUAUUUUAUAUUACACUGCACUGACUGACAGCCAGGCAGGUGUGAAGCACACCUUUAAAAAAGGAAAAGUUAUUUGUAUUGAAAAAACAGUUCAAUGUUUACAAGAUGUUUGCACUAUAUGACACUGCAGUUAAUGACAGAUUGUUCGCUACUUACUCCUUUGUAAGCAUGGAAAUUCAAGUUCAAAAUAAAAGAAAAAACGGAUCAAAUGUGAAGUAUGGUUAUUUUAAGCCAUUUAUUAUUUUAAUUUACUUCAAAAAUACCAUAUCGUGAUAUAUAUCCAUAUCGUGAUAUAAAAUUACUCAUAUCGUGAUAUAAGAUUUUGUCCAUAUCGCCCAGCCCUAGUCUGAGAUGGCGCGGACCUGGUUAAGACCCUGCGCAGGAUUCAACAGGGGCCAAUCGGAAGAGGGCAGUGUUAGGAGCUCAUUUGCAUUGCAGCAUGCAAUGCAUUUAAGAAAAUGACAGCUCCGAAGAGACACCGCUUGUUUAGUUUGGAGGAGAUGGAAAAAUUGAGGUUGGGGAUAAUUUUUUUCACUUCACACAAAAAGAUCUUGGAAUGAGAUGGCUAACUGUAGUCUUAUAGCGUUUAGUCUACUGUCCAUAAUAAUUUAGAGAUGAUAUUCCCCGCCGCUGGCAUGCGAGAAUAAUUAAGACUUGAGGAGAGAUUGAACAGUGGGCUAGAGACGCGGUGUCCAUCCAACUUCCAAUAAGUCACCUCAUCUGAUUAUUUUUUUUUUCUUCUUUUUUUUCGGUUAACGUUGAGACGGUCCACCAUCGGUCAUCAGUUAACAACCCUAGUUGGGAAGUGGGAGGGAAUAUUCAAAUGUGCUCCCUUCCUACAUAGGUGGGGGCGGCGAAACUGACUCGCUCGUUUGUAGUGGUGCAACGGUUCACGGAUAACCUGUGAUCCGUACGGAUCAACCCUCACGGUUCGGGAAGCAAGUGAUCCAUGGAUCGGCUGAUAAAGAAAAGAAAAAAAUAAGUUGUGCAUUCACGUGAUCAGCGCAUAAAGGACAAUUCCGCCCACGGAUGACAUUGUUCUGAUGGCCCAGUCCUUGGAGAAGAUCUUCCUCCAGAAGGUGGCCCAGAUGCCCCAGGAGGAGAUCGAGCUGGCACCCCCAACCCAGCGCACCAAGGCGGGCCGGGGCAAAGGUCGCAAGUCCAGUGCAUCCAGAGCACACCAGGUCCCGGCUGUGUCCCAGUCCCUCUACUCCCCCUCCUCCUCGGACACAGAGUCCCUGCAAGCCAGCUCCCCCCACCCCGUGCUCACCAAGAGCCUGCCCCCUCCCACCAUCAUGGGCAUGCCCCCCACGCAGCCCACCACCAAGAAGAAGGGCGUGAAGCGGAAGGCGGACACCACCACCCCCUCCACCAUGGGGCUGCCCGUCGGGCUGUCGGCCGGUGCCCGCAUGGUGGGCCUGGGGAAGGGCGGGCACGGGGGCCAGAUCCACGACUCCUCCCCGCUCACCCUCUCCUCCCUGGGGGGCAUGAGCAUGGACGCCGGCGGGCCCGUCCUGGGCAUGGUGCGGGGCCCCGGCGGCGGGCCCGUCCUGCUCCAGCCCAUGAUGGUGAGCGCGGCGGCGGCGGCCCGCCGGGUGGGCAGCGGCCGGCCCAUUAAGCCCCCCAAGAAGGACCUGCCGGACUCCAUCCAGCUGCAGCCGGCGCGCCGCGGCAAGCUGAGCCCCCAGCUGCGGCACUGCAGCGGGCUGCUGAAGGACAUGCUGUCCAAGAAGCACGCCGGCUACGCCUGGCCCUUCUACAAGCCCGUGGACGCCACCGCCCUCGGUCUCCACGACUACCACGACAUCAUCAAGUACCCCAUGGACCUCAGCACAGUCAAGAGGAAGAUGGACUGCAGGGAGUACAGGGACGCCCAGCAGUUUGCUGCUGACAUCCGACUCAUGUUCUCCAACUGCUACAAGUACAACCCCCCCGACCACGACGUUGUGGGGAUGGCCCGCAAGCUGCAGGACGUGUUUGAGUUCCGCUUCGCCAAAAUGCCGGACGAGCCCCACACGGACCGCCCCGCCAUGUCUAUGAGUGGCCACCCUUCGUCGUCGUCGUCGUCCUCUUCCUCCUCCACCUCGUCCUCCUCCUCCUCUUCGUCCGAGAGCGAGCCCAGCACCGAGAGCGAGGACAGCGAGAGCAGCUCCGACAGCGAGGAGGAGCGAGCACACCGAUUAGCUGAGCUCCAGGACCAGGUGUGCACCCAGCUGCGUGCGGUCCACGAGCAGCUGGCCGCACUCUCCCAGGGGCCCAUGGUGAAGCCCAAGAAAAAGAAGGAGAAGAAAGAGAAGAAGGAGAAGAAGAAGAGGAAGAAGCCGGAGAAGAGGAGUCGAGCAGUGAAGGUGAAGGCGGAGGCGGAGGAGUGGAAGAUGCCGGGAAAGGCCCCCAAAAGCAAGUCCACCAAAGGAGGGGCCGCCACGGUGGGGAAGAGGGGCCCGGGCAAGAAGAGCAACAAGAACAGCAAGACCUCUAAGAAGGCCUUCUUUGCCCCGCCGCCACCCUCCUCCAUGCUCCCCCACUACGACUCGGAGGAGGAGGAGGAGAUCGUGCCCAUGUCGUACGACGAGAAGCGCCAGCUGAGCCUGGACAUCAACAAGCUGCCGGGGGAGAAGCUGGGCCGUGUGGUGCACAUCAUCCAGGCCCGGGAGCCGUCCCUGAGGGACACCAACCCCGAGGAGAUCGAGAUCGACUUCGAGACGCUCAAGCCGUCCACACUGAAGGAGCUGGAGCGCUACGUCAUGACGUGUCUGAGGAAGAAGCCGCGCAAGCCCUACACUAAGAAGGCGAGCAGUGGCAAAUCCAAAGAGGAGCUGACUCUGGAGAAGAGGCAGGAGCUGGAGAGGAGACUUCAGGAUGUUAGUGGACAGCUCAACUCUGGCAAGAAGCCUGCCAAACCCAAGGCGGAGAAGCCGAGCAACGUGGAGCCCAACAGCCAGCCGUCACGCCUCAGCGGCAGUAGCUCCAGUUCAGACUCCUCCUCGUCCUCUUCCUCCUCGUCUUCCUCAGACACCAGUGAUUCCGACUCGGGUUGAGGCUGUGGCUGCACCCCAGUGAGGACUCUCACAACCACUCCCCCCGCCCCAAAGAACGCUCAGGGACACGGGCUGGCCCAGGACACACGAUGCACCCUGACAUAGUAGUGGGCCCAGACGACCGCCUUGCGGCACACCUUAGCCGGAGCAGGCCAAGGAGGCCGUCGUCAACAGGAUGUUGGGGAGGGGAGGGGAGGCCGUUUGGAGGCAGGAGUGGAACUAAGUAAGAAUUCUGUAUGUAUAAUCGUAGAAACCCGAAAACACAAAAUGCCUUGGUUCUCCCUCCCUUUUCCCGUGUGUGUGCGCGUGCGUGUGUAAUUAGACGUAUAAGUGUAUGUUUCUUUUAUAAAGAACACUUUUAUUGUGCUCGCAUCAAAGUAGGAUGGUGAUGUUGGGAAUACGCUCAGUUCGGAGCUGUACUCCUCUCCAAACCCACCCCUUCUGACGUUUACUGUCCCCAACAUCUGUUGGUGGAUAGUUUUGAAAGCAGUUUGGCAGUGCCCUCAUUGGAGUUUUGAUCCGUCCAUCAAUCCUCUCUGUGGUGUGGAGCAGCAAAACAGCUAAUUAAAGGAAGCCGUGGGGAGGGAUUUAUUUGUUCCUUGCCUUGUUUUGGUAAAAAAUAUUUUGACCGAUUUUGUUUUUGGUUGCAUUUUCCUUUGUCCUUUCUGCUUAUUCGUAGACAUUCUGUCUGGCACUAAAUAGGCUGCUUGUAUAGGUUUUACUUUACAUUUUAAACGCUACCCCCAUUUGUCUUUCGGUGUUAAAAAAAAAUAUACAGUGGUUCUGUAGGACUGAAGUUUUAUGGGGUGUAGUGUAAGCAACUUUAGUUGUUUAGAUAUUUAAAAAAAAAAAGCAAACAAUAUCUGAUCACUCUGAACAUUUAUAAAGACAGUAUUAUUGAUCAGCGAUCGGUACAUUGAAUUCACAACUUUUUCUCUUCCAUCUUAAAAAGCAAUCCUUAACAAAUCGCUUUGUUUCGCCAUUUCCUCACGUUCCUUUGGCGUACUUUUGCUCUGAACCUUUGCUUUAAUCAGAAGAUGUUACUGUGUGCUUCUGUUUUGUCACUUGAAAGUAUAUAUAGUGCUGAAUCUAUCAGAAAGUACUGUAGACAGUUUAACUUAUACAUAUAUAUAUUUAUAUGACCUGAUUUUUGUGUAAAGUACUUUAUAAAUAAUACUCGACAUUAGUGCACUUAAAGUGUUGAAACUUUCUUUGUGGAAUGUUUUUGUUUUUUAAAAGCUUGCCACUCGUCGGGAAGGCAGGCCAGCUUCACUGGGUGGAGACGGAACUACGCACAAACACCUUAUAGACCCUGCAUUGUAAAGAAAAAAGAUAUAUAUAUCGUUGAAUGUUCCCUAAAAGAUACUUUACUUGUGUAUAUAUACUUGCACUAUGUGUCGCGGUUUUUGAAGUGUGUCUUUUCCGUGUUCAUACUGUCCUUUUUGUUCUCCUCAAGAGGUUUUCUAGUCGGUGGUUGACUAGGUGGCCACCGCUCAGAUACAUCACUUUCCUUCGAGAACUCUGUAUAUUAAAAUAAUCUCU